GGGUGGAGUUACACACACUGACAUCCAGAACAUCGCUUCUCCUCAGAAAAGGAGCACAACCUUAAUGCAUAAGGGUUUAUGCCUCGCAUACGUCUCUUAUUGGAUGAUGUGACGAUAAAGUAAGCCGAUCGUUGUUGACGAACACACGCAUGUAUGUUCAUUGUGGAUCCCAUUUCCAGCGUUGACUGAUCCCGAGCUCCAGUCUUUUUAACGGGAUCCGAACCAGCUGUAUAUCAGUACUGUAUUUCUGCAAUGAACACCGCAAGACUGAACACAGAGGAAUAUUUUAAGGAAUAACCCGCAUACCUGGGAAAAACAUGGAAUAAUAAGAAGUGCUUCCAUUUUUUUCAGGUGUCGCAGGACGCGCGUGUGUGUGUGUGUGUGUGUGUGUUCCAGGAUGCCGCUGGUGAAGCGCAGCAUCGAGCCUCGUCAUCUGUGUCACACGGCUCUUCCACACACCAUCAGAAAUGAGCUGGAGUGUGUGACCAACAUCUCUCUGGCCAACGUCAUACGACAGCUGAGUAGCCUCAGUAAAUAUGCGGAGGAUUUGUUCGGAGAACUCUUUAAUGAAGCUCAUUCCUUCUCGUUUCGAGUGAACUCACUCCAGGAGAGAGUCGACCGCCUGUCAGUCAGCGUCACUCAACUCGACCCGAAAGAGGAGGAGUUGUCUCUUCAGGACAUCACGAUGAGGAAGGCUUUCCGCAGCUCCACGACCCAGGACCAGCAGCUGUUUGAGCGCCAGUCUCUGCCCGUCCCGAUGCAGGAGACGUACGAGCUGUGCGAACAACCUCCGCCGCUCAACAUCCUCACGCCCUACAGGGAUGAUGGGAAGGAGGGUCUGAAGUUCUACACCAACCCGUCGUACUUCUUCGACCUGUGGAGAGAGAAAAUGCUUCAGGACACAGAAGACAAGCGGAAAGAGAGGCGGAAACAGAAGUUGCAGGAUCCACACAUGUAUGAUCAGGUCUAUAAAUAUUUAGACCUUCCAGUGCAGCUGAAGAACAUCGAUCGCCCCCAUGAUCUGGAGAAGGUCCCGCGAGCGCCUCACGACCGGAAGAAGGAGUGGCAGAAGAUGGCGCUGGGGGCGGAGCUUGCUGACGACGACAUGGGGGACACACACACAAACACCAACGGGUCGACAACCUACCAAGAACACAGGCAGAUGUACAUGGAUCAUCUGGACGGGUCGUUCUCUCUGGCUGCGCUGCCGUACUCUCAGAUGAACGAACUCCUGAGUCGCAGCGGAGAGAGAGCAUUCGGACGCCCACACGACCCUCCACCACCACCACCCACAUACACACCCGACCUCAAACCAGCCUCUGUUAUCAGCUCCAGCUCAGGUUUCUCCGACAGCGUCACUCAGUCUCCGGCUCGCACACCUGUCUUCCUCAACUCGAAUGCCCCGCCCCCAGCCCCGCCCCCUUUACCCCCUCCCCCGCCGCCUCUGCCAGCCAGCCAAUCAGGUUCAAGGAUGCAAGGUUCAGCCCCGCCUCCAAUCCCUCCCUUACCUUCCCAGCAUCCACCGGCCAUCCCCCCUGCCCCCGCCCCCCUCCAGAUCGCCCCGGGCGUCCUUCAUCCCGCCCCGCCUCCGGUGGCUCCGCCCCUUCACUCAUCCCCCGCCCGCGGACAGCAGGCUUCGCCCACAUGUGGCGAUGGGAUGGUUUUGCCGCCGCCCCCUCCUCCCCCUCCUCUUCCUUUCCUGGGAAACAGAAGCUCCUCCCCCUGCACGUCAUAUGCCCCGCCCUCCAUGCCUUCCUUCCCCUCAGGGGCUGUUUCGUUGGCGCCCACUCACUCGGGUCACGAGGUCAAGCGGAAUCCCUCAAACCUGCCGCCAAUCAGCGACGCCCGCAGCGUCCUAUUGGAGGCCAUCCGUAAAGGGAUCCAGCUGAGGAAGGUGGAAGAGCAGCGGGAGCAGGAGGCCAAACACGAGCGCGUGGGGAACGACGUGGCCACUAUCCUGUCCCGUCGCAUCGCAGUGGAGUACAGCGACUCCGAGGACGAGUCCGAGUUCGAUGAGGUCGACUGGAUGGAGUGAGAGUGUGUGUGUGUGUGUGUAUGUGUGUGUGUGUGUGUGUGUGUGUGUCCCGUCGCAUCGCAGUGGAGUACAGCGACUCCGAGGACGAGUCCGAGUGUGAACCUUCUUCCUAAUAACGGUUCCAUCAGCCAAUCACACUCCAGGCUCCCAGAAUGCUUUGCUCUCAUGUUUUUUAACCACACGUUCCACUUGUUGUGCAACUGAUGAACAAUAAGGGUUUUUCGGCUGUCAUACUUCUGUAAUCCCCCACAUGACAGGAGUGUGUCCCGCCAGAGUGUGUGUGUUACACGUUAAAUAUCAUCGAAAGCUUCUUCCGUGUCAGAGAUGUGAUGUUCGAUGUGUUUGUGCGACUGCGAAAGGAAAACAAACGAGGGAAUGAGUGUGUUAAAGGACAACCCCGGCGCAAAAUGAACAUUUGGUCUAAUUACACAUUGUUACCUAGUCAACCGUUA